AACUCCGGCCCCUGUGAGUGAGUGUGUGGCGGCGGGACGGCUCGUGUGUGCCUAAUAGGAAAUAGUAAAAGCAGUGAGGCAGGUCAGUCGGCCAGCGAUCACGGCCCGGCUCUGCUCCACGCCGCCAGCGCGUUCGCAGAGGCAGCCACCGGAGCAGCCUGGCCAAGCAGCUGGGGCGUCCGGGCGGCGGCGGCGGCGGCGGCGGCGGCUGCGCGGGCCUCGGUGGCGGCGGCGGGCGCUGCUGCUGCUCUCCUCGCCUUGCUGCUGCUGCUGCUGCUGCGGCUGGCGGCGCCUCCGCUCGCCCCCCGCCCUCCGAUGAGCUCCUACUUCGUCAAUCCGCUGUACUCCAAGUACAAGACGGCGGCAGGAGGGGGCGAGCCGCCCAUCAAUCCCGCUUACUACGACUGUCACUUUGCGCCCGCCGCCGCCGCCGCCGCCGCCCUGCUCUACGGGAACAGCGCUGCAGCCGCCGCGGCCGCCGCUACAGCCGCGGCCGCCGCCUCAGGCUACCCCCCUGCGCCGCCCGUUCCUGGGCCCGGCCCGGCCGUCAGCAGCCCGGACUACUUCCACCCUUCUCCCCACGCUCCUCUUCCUCCUCCCCACUCGCAGCAGCAGCACCUGGCCGGGGGGAGCCCCUCGGCUUAUCAGCCUCCCCCGCCUCCCCCUCCCCCUUUGCAAGCCCCCUGCUCCGGCCUGCCUUGUUCAGCGGAGCCGGCCAAGUUUUACGGAUACGAUAACUUACAGCGACCGACGAUUUUUACGACACACCAAGAGGCCGAGCUGCUUCAGUAUCCCGACUGUAAAUCGUCCAGUGCUAAUAUUGGCGAGGAACCAAGGCCCUUAAAUCAGCGCGCGUCUCCUUCUCCAGUGUUUCCCUGGAUGAGACCACAAGCAGCUCCCGGGAGACGGAGAGGGAGGCAAACCUACAGCCGCUUCCAGACUUUGGAGCUGGAAAAGGAGUUCCUGUUUAACCCCUACCUGACCAGGAAGAGGAGGAUCGAGGUCUCCCAGGCGCUAGGACUGACCGAGAGGCAGGUCAAGAUCUGGUUCCAGAACCGGAGGAUGAAAUGGAAAAAAGAGAACAACAAGGACAAAUUCCCCGCCACCCGGCAGGAAGGGAAGGAGGGAGACGAGGUCAAAAAGGAAGCCGACAGGGAUGUCGAAAGACAAGCCCCAGGCUCGGCAAAUUAAGCUCUUCUUCCUCCUCCUCCUCCGGGGAACCUUGGCCAAAGACUUUGGAGCAUCAACGAGCGGGCCGGGCGCUUGUCUUGGCCUCCACAACUUUCACCGCCAUCGGGACUGCUCUCAAGGCACCUUUUGUUGUCUUUGAAACUACCUUCUGACAUUUCUGGGCUGGAUGAGAGUUUGGCUUUUUUUACUGCACGGAGCGCGUUAGCUCGACUCCCAGAUGGCUACUUGCUGCACUUUCUACGUUUUUUAUUGUCCUUCCUUCCUUCCUUCCUUCCUCCCUUCCUCCUCCUUCUGUCCCACUUCCCCUUGGACUUUGAUACUGAAAAGGGUAGCAGUUUUUUUUACCUGCGGAUUUUUACUGGGGAUUUCUUUUCUCCUCCGAGGACGGACGGAAUGUCCGGCCUCUCCCAACACUUUUAAGAAUCAAAUCAGCCAAGUGCACUUCUUACGAUCCUUUAAAUUCUUCAGUCCCCUUUAUUUCUCAUAAAGUAAGUUAAUUAAGAAAGGAAAUAAUUUGUGGGCCGAUGAAGGACGAAAGGAAAUAUUUUAAUUAAACUUUGAUUUUUCAUUACUGAUAAUCAAAAUAAUAAUUAAAAAAAAUCCG